CUUCACCAAGUUUGUGGAAACGUUCUUCUUUAACGAAGCGUGAUUUCGAAGAUCAGAAACUUCGGAAACUCUUGUUCACUACGAAAUGACAACAAAUGAAUCAAAGAAAAACCCCUUGUUCCUCCAUCUCCUAGCAUAAAAAUGGCCGCCGUUGCCGCUGACGCUUCGUCAUGGUGGUAUGGCGUUCUGGCAGCCUUUCUCGCCGCCCUCGGCUACGCUGGGCAGAGUACGCUCAUCGGGUUGACAAAAAUCUACGAGAUCAAGUACGACACGCAAGUCGCAGUCAUGCUGGCAGAGGUGUUGAAAAUUUUCGCAUCUCUACUGCUGGGCCUUCGACAAUGGAUAGGAGAGAAACAGAAGGCAGGGAAAGUGUUAUGGUCCUUCCUCGAGGCGAAUCCUAUGAAAAUUUCCCUUCCUCGAGGCGAAUUCUAUAUAUAAUUUUGAGUUCUCGUCCCUGCUCUCCUAUUAAUUUCUAUUUCCGAUUAGUGGGUUCUUGUAAUAUCUUCUGCUUCAGCAUUUCUAUCUCAAAGAACCCAAUAUUUGGCUGCUGAAACUGUUGCUGUUGGUGCGAAGAACGCACCACGACUAAGUCUAAUGUCUAGCUCUAACACUCGUUGCAGCUACAGGUGAUGGAGGAAACAGGAGCACAACCGCAACGACCUCUAUCAAGCGCUUUUUCCUAGGCGAAAUCUCGGUAGUGGUUCCCGCUUUGUGCUACGCGAUUCAGAAUAAUCUGAUGUUUUGGACGCUCUCGCAUGGAUGGUUGUCAGCGCCACACUACCAGAUGUUCUGCAACGCAAAGAUAGCGGUUACCAGCCUACUCUUUCGCGUGGUGGUGAACAAGCCACUAACCGUGCUUCAGUGGUGUGCAUUACUUCUGUUGACGCUAGGGAUGCUGGUGUCAGGACGUGACGCGUUCGAAAAAGGCGGAAAAACAAGUACAAGAACUAGCUCCAAUACUACUACUAGAAGUAGUACAUCUCCUCCUUCUUCCGAUUUCAUCAAGGGUCUUGCGAGUGUGCUUGGGAUGUGUCUAUGUAGUGCUGUAGCAGGCGUCACUAAUGAAAUACUCCUGAAAAAAGCAGGAAAUAUGCAUUUCGCAAACGUAAAGAUGUAUGUGAUAGGCAUAUGCUUUUCCAUAUUGCAUAUGGAAUUGGAAAGCUACCAAGAAAAAGAAGGGCUAGGAGGUCUACAACAAGGACAAGCAGAAGCACGACUAGGGAAGAAGAUGACCAAUGGACAGGCAAGUGCAACAACUAGUACAGCUUUUUCAGAGGAGCAGGUUGGCUUUGGUUUCUUCUCAUUAGCGAGCACAACCCGAACGAAAGCAUUUCUCCAGGAGAGCGGGCUUUAUUUCUUCGACACGCAGCCAAGAACUUCACCCUCAAACAACGCUCCAUUUCUUAUUCCUGCCGUCUUAGUCGUCCAGGCAUAUCUGGGACUGUGCAUUAGCUUCAUAUUUUAUGGACGAUGGGCUUUUCAUUCAUCGUGCUGUUGUGAAUGGUUCCGGUAUUUGGUAGCCUGAAUUUGAUCACAAGGCUUCUCUUCUUGUUUUCCUUAUGCGCUGGUAGUGAUUUUCUUUCUCUAACUUCCCCGUUUCGGCGACGUUAUCCUGAAGAUCUACCAAGUGAGCCUGACGACGAUAUUCACGACUUAUAUCGCCUACCAACUCCACGGGUUUGAGGUGUCAAUAGGAUUCAUGCUAGGAUAUCCGAUUAUCAUGCUAUCAACGCUGUUUUUCUACGCUCCAGCGGACCUGCUACAUCGAAAAGACGACGCCCUGUGUAGACGGCGUCCUGGAGGAAGUGGGGGUAAGGAAAAAACACAAUGAAUUUUUUGAAACCUGCUAAGUCACUUGAUGAACAUUAUAACUCAAAGGCGGGUCAACAACAUUUUUGUACUGGCCUCUAAUCCUCCUACAACUCCUUUGUGGAGAUACAAAAAUGAUGAAGAAAAUUUACGAAGCAGGAACCACCUUUUGUAGUAGAAGUGGCAUUGUCAGGGGGCGGGUUACAACUUCUGCUUAAAGCUGAAGAACGAGAAUGAAAUCGUAACGAG